UAAUGUCACAGUGACACAUUGAAUCACUUGCAUCUGUCUUCCCGUAUAGUGCCGUUGCUGAUAUCCAGUGUUUUGUGUUUUUGCUCCAUGCUUUGAUCCGUGUUAAAGUUUUGCUCAACGAAUGAUAUGAUAAUAAAUGAAACAAUAGACUCGUGAUAUUUUCUUCACUUCAUAUCCAAAUCCUUCCUAUUUUGGUCGUUCUGCAGAACCCACCCAGCGAAGUACACGCCCUAAAAGUUCUCAUCUUUUGAAUCAUUCACGGCUUCAUUAUGCGUGGAUUUAUUUGUUUGAUCGCUUUAUUUGCUCUCCUUAAAUCAGCUCAAUCGAUAAGAUGUUACGUUUGUAAUGCCACAGACACAACGACUCCAUUCCAAUGUGGGGAAUGGUUUGAACGAUUUGAUACCCCCGAUAUCGAGCCACAAGAAUGCUCGUCAGUUCAUGGCGCUCAAUAUUGCAUUAAGCAUAUUGGUCGCUUCGAAGCCUUUAGUAUUAACUGCUAUCAGUGUUCGGCGGCCGAAACUAUGGAAUGUUCAGAUGUACUAAUCAACAUGCCCGGGUCACCAUUAGAACCACAACCAUGUGACCAUGUAUAUGAUGCACAAUAUUGCAUCAAAUCAACGGCUCUAAACGGAGGCAUUGGUGCGAAACGAUACUGUUCAUCUAAGGACUUGGGGAACUACUGCAAUUACGUGCAAAACAAAGGUGACCGAAUGGAAUAUCGCUCCUGUAUUUUCACAUGCAGUACAGACGGAUGCAACAACACAGCUCGAUUUUUGCUUAGCAAAGUUGCGUUCCUACUGAUCCCCAUUGGAUUUGUUUUGAGUCUACUUCGUCACUAAGAAGUACUUAAUUUAAGAGUCAUCAUUCAAAUAAUAUUAGAAAAUAACAGUUUUGUACAAAAGACAUUUUAGAAAAUAAAACUUUUAUAACAUUUUGAA